AUGCCAGACGUGCAUUCCCUGGUGAAUGAUUUCCUUAUCAAGCUUAAAAAACGUAAUAUUGAGGGCUCACAGGCCACAGCAAAGCUGACGGCGGAAUUACUUCGGUCCGUGAUUUCAUCACAGCGGGUACCCUACACAAAUCAAGCUGGUGCGUUGAUAGAUGCUGUUAAAGCUGUUGGGGAGCAGCUGAUUGCUGCAAAUCCUAUUGAGCUGGCUGUGGGUAAUAUUGUGAGGCGUGUUCUGCACAUUAUUAGGGAGGAGGAUCUUUCUCUCACUACAGCUGCUAUGGCUGGGUUGAACAUGUCGACUGUUAGUGAUGAUGAAGAUGAUGGUGAGCGCGACAACCAUCCGGUUCUAUCUGCUGCUGUUGUUGCUGCUGCUGCAAGAAGCACACUGCGUCCACCAUCUUUGCAAACGCUUCUUGAGGACAUGCCUGAUGCAGCAGCUGUUCCUCACACUUCUUCAUCUGGGGGUGAUUCUGAAGAAAAAACCAAAUCUGCUGAUAAAAGUUCAAGAAGUCGGAAACUGAAGCAUGAUGUCAUUGAAGCAGUCAAUGAACUUAUACAAGAUAUUGGCACUUGCCAUGAACAGAUUGCCGAGCAGGCAGUUGAGCACAUUCACCAGAAUGAGGUUAUAUUAACUUUAGGCAGUUCAAGAACAGUACUGGAAUUUCUUUGUGCUGCAAAUGAGAAAAAAAGAUCAUUUCGGGUAUUUGUUGCAGAGGGAGCUCCAAGGUAUCAGGGCCAUCUUCUAGCUAAAGAAUUGGUUGCAAGAGGUUUGCAAACCACGCUGAUCACUGAUUCAGCAGUUUUUGCCAUGAUAUCCAGAGUGAACAUGGUUAUAGUUGGCGCUCAUGCUGUCAUGGCCAAUGGUGGUGUUAUAGCACCUGUUGGGUUGAAUAUGGUUGCACUUGCAGCGCAAAGGCAUGCCGUCCCUUUUGUUGUACUUGCCGGCAGUCAUAAGUUGUGCCCUUUGUAUCCUCACAAUCCUGAAGUGUUGCUGAAUGAGUUAAGAUCACCUUCUGAGCUGCUGGAUUUUGGAGAAUUUUCCGAUUGCAUGGAUUUUGGAAGUGGCACUGCUUCCCCGCUCCUUCAUGUUGUCAAUCCUACAUUUGAUUAUGUGCCACCAAAGCUUGUCAGUUUAUUUAUCACUGAUACAGGAGGGCAUAAUCCAUCAUACAUGUACCGGCUCAUCGCAGAUUAUUAUUCUGCUGAUGAUUUAGUGGUCCAACGAAGACCUGCUAUAGGAAGUUGA